CAGUGGGGGGAGGGGAUCUGCCAUCCCCCUGGUGCGGAUGCGGCAGUGGGGGAGGGUGUGGGGGUAGCGGGUGUGGCCAACCCGCCGGCCCUGCUGCGCCCCGCGCGCCCUGCUGCCCUGUGCGCCCCGUGCGCCUGCUGCCCUGCUGCCCUGUGCGCCCCGUACGGGGCCGGGCGCUGGGCAGGUACGGGGCCGGGCGCUGGGCAGGUACGGGGCCGGGCGCUGGGCAGGUACGGGGCCGGGCGCUGGGCAGGUACGGAGCCGGGCGCUGGGCAGGUACGGGGCCGGGCGCUGGGCAGGUACGGGGCCGGGCGCUGGGCAGGUACGGGGCCGGGCGCUGGGCACGUACGGGGCCGGGCGCUGGGCAGGUACGGGGCCGGGCGCUGGGCUGGUACGGGGCCGGGCGCUGGGCAGGUACGGGGCCGGGCGCUGGGCAGGUACGGGGCCGGGCGCUGGGCAGGUACGGGGCCGAGCGCUGGGCAGGUACGGGGCCGGGCGCUGGGCAGGUACAGGGCCGGGCGCUGGGCAGGUACGGGGCCGGGCGUUGGGCAGGUACGGGGCCGGGCGCUGGGCAGGUACGGGGCCGGGCGCUGGGCUGGUACGGGGCCGGGCGCUGGGCAGGUACGGGGCCGGGGCGCGGGCUAA